GACACACUCACAAACACCCACGCACACACACACUCACAGACUCAGUCUUUCUCCCUCUAUUAUCUUUCCCUCCCUCUCACAUAUUCACACACAGGCCAUAUGACUGAGUCAAGCUCAGUUUUUAGUUUGUAGCCGAGUUGAGAUAAGGCUUUCUGGGAAACGUAGCCUGUUGGACGGCAUUCCGGUUAGAAAUAACCAUGUGGGCUCAACAGCUGGGACUCUCUGUAACGCUCUAGACACGGAUAUAUAAAUUCACCAAAGGUAGGCAAGUUUCUUCUGAUGAUUUAUAACACUUUAUUUCGAGUGUAUCAAGGAAAGUAGGAGUGUGUGUUUGUGUUUACGCGUAGAUGUCCCUGAUGGCCAUGUCAGCCCCGCCGCGCUCGUCUGUGUUUACAUUCGAGUCGACGGUGCAUUCCUCCCAUGUGCUGCGCCGUCUGGACGAGCAGCGUCGUCAGGACACGCUGUGUGAUGUGACCGUGGUGGUGGAGGGUCAGAGUUUCAGAGCCCACCGAUCCGUGCUCGCUUCCUGCAGUGACUAUUUCACACAGAGGAUUUCUUCGCUCUCACAGCACGGAGCAGUAAUCACUCUGCCUCAGGAGGUGAGGUGUCUCCUCAUCGUGAAAAACACAUUAAAAAAAAGUACACAACUUUAUCUGUAAGGGAUAUUUAGGAACAACUUCAAAGUGCCAACCAGCACUUUUGGUCAAUCCAAAUUAGAUAUUGACGUACACAGUAAAUUAAGACACAUAUAUUGGCUAAAAUAUGAGAAAACAUAGUUAAGAACUGAGAUAUAAGAAGACAGUCAUUCUGCCCUCAACAAAUCUGUCUGAAAGUGAAGUGAGAAAAGUAAUGCAAGUUUGAUUUCCUCAACUUGCGUCAGUGGAAAAAGCCUAACUGAAUGGGAUCUAUUGAAAUGAUAAUUCCAUGUUCUGCACACUAUUUGUGUUUUAACUGAGGACGUAAAGGAAACUACACUAUCAUCAAUAAAUCUGAUGUAAAGGUUUUUAGUAGUUUCAGGUUUAUAAACAGUGAAAUCCAAACACUGUAAAGUUUAACUCCCAAAGGGAUUCCAGUGGGGCUUUACUAAUUGAAUGUUAAAGCCAUAUUUAAUGUUACCUAAAGUGAUACAGUCAGCUGUAAAGUCAGCAAGAUGAUUCUCUUUUUGUUAGAAAACAUUACUUUGGCAUGUCAUGGAUAAGAUAAGAAAAUACGUUUUUUUCCGAAAGGGUGCAAACAUGAGCAAAAACUGAGAGAUCCUUACAGGAGCUUCACCUUCUUAUAAACAUUCUUGAAUGAAUACCGAACUAUAAGCAACAUGACUGUCCAUUCGUUGACUAUCAUAAUUAGAAGUUAGUCCCUUUAACUGCUGCAGUAGGGUAGGUGUCAAACAAGGUGAUGUGGUGACAGCACACUGGAAAAAUCUCCUUUUUAAGUUUUGAUUUCCUCAUUUUGUCUUUGCAUUUUUCACUUUAACAAUUCAGGAAUUAAGCAAAUAAAGCAGAUAGAUUUUUUUUUUGUCAUAAAGCACACACGUGUAAGUUCAGCAAAGAGAUGAGAAGUACUGCGUUGUCCAAGGGGAGUGCCAAAACCAACCUAGAAGUGUGGGUGUCAGUGUUCCUUUGAGGAACCCAAAAGUUCCCCACAGGAGGUUUAAUUAAACAACAAUAAAUCCAAUAAAUCAAAAACCAGACCAAGAUCUUCAAACUUCCUCCACUGAGCUUUCAGGUUGGAUUGAUUUUGGCGCACCCACAAAUCAAAGCAAUACCACUUACAUACUUCAGAUUUUGUUAAAUUUUAAACCUUCACUAGUGCAGAUUUACAUUCUUAGGCUAUAAUUUGCUGAACAUAAUCUGUACUGAAAUCCAUUUUACGGUGAUUGAAUAACCAGUUCCCUCCUUAAGAGAAAAAUAAAGAGGGGAAAAAAAGAUAAUGUUUGUAUUGUUUUGUUUUGUUUUAACAGGUGACAGUUGCUGGCUUUGAACCCUUGCUGAAGUUCGCCUACACGUCCAAACUUCUCUUUGGGAAAGAUGACGUCCUUGACGUGCGCAAUUCAGCUACCAUCCUUGGUUUCAGAGACCUGGAUGACGCCUGUUUUGAUUUCCUCCUCCCUAAGUUCUUCUCCAGUACCAAGGACUCAGCUCCUUUCCCAAGAAAGAAGUGCUGCAAGAAGAAAUGCAAACGGCGGUCAUCAAAGGAUGACAGCUCCACCAACUCUGACGACGUUUUGUUGGAAGAGAAAGAAGUCAAACCAGUUGCUGACUCACCAUUUCAGCAGGAAGUGGCUCUGCUGUGUAACAAAUCUGUCAACAGCCAAACGGGAAGUCAGAGCAGUGUGAGCGCUCUUACACCUGUGGCUGAAAGGACAAACUACAUUUUUAAUCAGGGUCCAAAGUAUCGCAAGUUUCAGCUGGCUUGUGAGAAGGAACCUUCUUUCACAGAGAAAAGCGCAAACAGUCCAGUAACUUCUAUCAGGGAUGACUGCGAGCUCUCCUGCUCUCCAUGCUGCAGUAGUAUGAACUGUAAAACUGAAAGUCAAGUUGGAUUUUCUGGAAAUGUAUCCUCUAACCUCGCCAGACAAAACAAAGGCGGGGCUGACGUGACGAAAUCUGAAAUACAUGGUGACAAAAUGGGGGCUGAGGCUAGCAUUAUUAAGAUGGAAAUAGUUGACGUAAAGAGAAAAUGGAAGGAGAAAAUGAUAGAAAUGGAUAGAGAAGAGGACACCAGCUUCUCAGACAUAUCCAAUUCCGACUCAGUCACCUCAGGGCCAAGUACAACCGGGUUGUCAGGGUUAAUAUUGCACCAUUGCCCCUUGAAGACCCUUGGUGAUGGUUUUGCGAUCACUGGGUCACCGUCACAUGAGAGGACAAGCAUGGACAUCACAGAGGACAAAAACACGAGGGCGUCUGGUGAGCUACUUUGUAUUCAUCGUGAGGUUAAAGCAAAAAAAGAGGCAGAGCCGGAGAGAGUGGAUGAUGGGAAAGAAAGUGGACAAACAAGCAGCAUGGAGGGAGAAGCCAUGUCUCUAAAUGAUGCGAAAGAAAGAAGCUCUGUGGAGAGAGAGGUGGCAGAGCACCUCGCCAAGCAGCUUGGGUCGGACCUGCACCCAUCUGAGCCACACAUCCAGGACCUCGAUGCAAGAUGCUCCUCUGAAACUGUAAGCGGACAAAGGGGACAGAGUUCAUCUUCGGAGUGGCCUAACGUCAACCUCAGCACCUCCGCAAGCACUAGCUGCCCCUUUUUUCAGGAUCUGGACAGAAACAAAUGUUUGUGGAAGGGCGCGGAGCUGUCUGAAUGUGAGGGGGCAUCUCAGUCAGGAGUGUCGUCUUUUAACUCUGGGGAGGACGGAGACUCAGAGACGGAGACGGAGGGAGACAGCGAGGCUUACACAAGAGAGAGGGCCAGACAGGUGAGCAAGUUCAGCUCGGACGAAUGUAAACACUGCGUAGUCUUCAUAUCUGUCUCGCCGCUACUUCUAAGUGUCAGAUUCAUCUUGUGUUAAAUUCAAUCUGCUUAAAUAAACAUUAGUUAGCUCAGCCUACCUGUAGAUUACUUCACUGUUUGUGUUAGAUAAGAGACUUUGGUACAGGCUCAAAAAAAGAGAUGACAGUGUGUGCCGAGUUAAUUAGUCCAGAGUCCAGUUUAGCUAAAGUGACAGCUCAGCUUAUUGAGUUACCAAUGACGACGAGCAACACAAACAAGUAUGAGGAACUGCUGCUUCUGUCACGACCAGCUAUUUCCAUCAAAGUGGAAGUUGAAACGUUGAAGACAAUAUAAAGUUCAUUCAAGGGCAGAAACCUUAUUUUUAUUCACCUUACAACAUUUACUCUGCCAGUAAACAAGUGUCACACGUUGGCACCAGCAAUUACCCAGUACCUGACCUCCUCUUUUAAACAUUAACCCCUCGUAUUUGAGAUUUAAUGAUUAACAGCUGGGUAGAAAUAUAACUGGCUAUUUAAGGUACGCAACCAUUAGAGUUCUGACUCACUUUCCAACCUCUCCAAGCUGUUUUUAAACUGUAAAAUACAAUUAAAUCUCAUUUAUUUCACAUUAAAAGAAUUGGUCUUGUUAUUCCUAUGUGUAAAUGCAAUCCCUUUGCUGCUCUAAAUCAGGCAAAUGUUGACCUUAUGCUCUUUGUUGGGGUGUUUUUUUCAGAUGCAGUUACCUUUCUCUGUGGACUGGAUUGUAGAAUUAAGCAGAAAUGACUUCCAGCAGCUCCUGAAACAACAGGUGUUAACACGGGAACAGCUGGAGUUUGUCCAUGAUAUGAGGCGCCGCAGCAAGAAUCGCCUCGCAGCUCAGCGGUGCCGCAAGAGAAAACUGGACUGCAUUUUCAACCUGCAGUGUGAAAUCAACAAGCUGGUAAAAUAUCACAUUUUCCCAAUUAGUACAUAUCUAUUAAUCCUGCUUUUAUAUAAUCCCAGAUAUGUAAAUGAGAAUCUGUUUCCUUGAUGUGUGCGUUGUAGAAGACAGAGAGGGAGAAACUGAUCACAGAGAGGAGCCACCUGAGCCAGCAGAAGAUGAAAACAUUCCACAUUGUCUCCUCUUUGUGCAAGAAGGUCUGCAACGAAGCCCACCUGCAGCCGGAGCAGCUCCAAGUGUUGGCCAAAUACACCUCCCAUGACUGCCCCCUGUCCUCCUUCUUCCCUCACAUAGACACACUCCUUUCACAGUCACCUCACCGUCAGGCUUCACCUUCGACCUCUUCUGUCAGCGCUCAUCUGUACGCGGCGUCAGAGGAGCCUUCGCCGAGCUCCAGCAGGGAUACACUCACAGGAGAUGUAGAUCCACAUUAGGCACAAAUAAUGCAAAUGCAUAAUUAUUGUUGAGUCUGUGGUGAUGCCAUCAAACUUAAGUUUCCUCCUUGUAUUAUACUGUACCUGAGGGUAUAACCACAGAUUGUAGAGUGAGCACAGGCAAUGACAAUAUAUUUAAAACACAACGGUCUUAAUCAGCACAAUUUUUAUUAUCUUUUAUCUACUUUUUAAUUAAGAAAACAACACAGAAAUGCAUUCCAGGUAUCCAAAUCCAUUCAUUUUGUUUUUCCAAACAGUACGAGUCAUCAUGACUUCCUGUUAUGUAUCUUUGCAGCUUCACAAGUUGCGCCUUGUAGUCGCACAUCGUAAACAAUGAUCUCUGCACGUUCUUCUCUGCUCAGUAACCUCAGGGUAUGAUCUCACUAUGCAGAUGUACAUUGAAACUUUUACUGCAAAGAAAACACAUUUUGGUACAGUUUGAACAACCAGUUUCUCAGGUCAUAACAAGGAAAUACAGCACACACACGUUACCUCUUGUAAACAGUGUUUAGCUCAGAACAGCAUUUUGCUCCAAAGCCAGACAACUCGACAAAUAGACUUGACACAGCGUGCGAUAUUUACCUUCUGACUGUCAUGUUUCAGGCUGUCAUUGUGGCUGCCUGACCACGGUGACGCAACUCUUUUUCAGCUGCACACACAACCCUCAGAGCUUUACUCCCCUCGCCAAAACAGACCUCACAGAUCAGCCUGAAUAUGGUUAAUGUGCUGUGUAAAAGCCCACAUCUUUACAGGCUUUUACACAUGAACCGAGGGGACUUUUGAUAGAAACGCUGCCUCACAGUGAGUCAUGGAUAUCAUCAGAGAAGUACAGCAUGAUGUGUCUGUUCUCUGUGUGUUAGCCACGGGCUAAUUAUCUUUCACACUCUUAUCUAAAUUACAGUCAAGGGUCAAGAGAAUAAUGUAGCAAUAACUCAUUGUUGGUCGCGGUAUGAGCUGAUUUCUGUUUGUAUUUUGUGUCUUUUGCAUAAUCAACAGCACUAAUAGUUUGGUGAAGCUGAAUUCCUACUCCUAUUUUUGUAGCUUUUUUAAACUUUCACCCAGUUUCCUUUUUUUGCUUGUAAGCACUAACCUUUACACACUUCCUCAAACUCCUUAUGAUCAAGUUUAUCUGUAUAAUAUGCAAUUUUUUUAACAGACUCAUUUUCAAUUUUAAUAAUCAGUACAACUGUUGGAUUUGCAGCUGUCUUUGGAGUGUUUUGAACUCAAUAACAGAUGUAACAAAACAAAAAAACACAUUAAUUUUAACAAGAAGAUUCAGCCUUAAGUUUUUAGAGUGGUGUUUUUUUAAGAGGGUAAAUCAUCUUUUAAUAGUUUACAACCUCAAAAUGUGAUUUUAUUUGCCCAUUUUCUAUUGAACUGUCAAGAGUAAUGCAUAACACUGGUGCUUAUUGCCCUCUAGUGGCAGGUAAUGCAAAGUUCAUGGUGAUGUACAGAUGUCUUAUGUGCUAUACAAAUUGUUUUUCUACUGUUUUUUUUUUUUAUAAUUAUUUUUUAUUCCACAAAAAUGACUUUUCUUUCCAUCUAUUGCAAUGUCCAAAUGGAUCCCUGUGUUUUUUUAAGCAAAAAUGGAAAUGAAGAAAUCAAAUUAAACUUUAAAAAAAUCGGAA